AUGACUUUCUCUGACCGGAUUAAUGCCAGCUUGAAUGGGAACCACUCGGGAGAGGCUGGGGGUAUCAACGGGACUUUGCCCAGCGGCGGAGAGGAAGAUGUCCAGGCCAACAACAGCACCUCCUUGGCUCUGAAGCUCACCCUUCAGUCAGUAAGCGUAGGGGUCUUUCUGGCCCUCUUCAUCCUCUCGGCCAUCGUGGGCAACAUCUUGGUCAUCCUCUCUGUGGCCUGCAACCGUCACCUGCAGACGGUGACCAACUACUUCAUCAUCAACUUGGCCAUCGCAGACUUGCUCCUCAGCACCACCGUCCUGCCUUUCUCGGCCACCUUGGAAGUUCUGGAGGACCUCUGGGUCUUUGGCCGCAUCUUCUGUGACAUCUGGGCAGCGGUGGACGUCUUGUGCUGCACUGCCUCCAUCAUGAGCCUGUGCAUCAUCUCUGUGGAUCGGUACAUCGGGGUCAAGUACUCUCUCAAAUACCCCACCAUUAUGACUGAGAAGAAGGCGGUGAUCAUCAUGGUGGCCGUCUGGAUCUCCUCCAUGGUCAUCUCCAUUGGUCCCCUUCUGGGAUGGAAGGAGGCGCCUCCUGAGAACGACCAGCACUGCAACAUCACUGAAGAGCCAGGGUAUGCCAUCUUUUCCUCCCUCUUCUCCUUCUAUUUGCCCCUGGCCGUCAUCCUGGUGAUGUACUUCAACAUCUAUGUGGUGGCACGGAGGACCACCAAGAGCUUGGAGGCCGGUGUCAAAAAGGAGAGGAGCAAAUCCAUGGAGGUCGUGCUCCGGAUCCACUGCCGCAGCGUAGUGGAGGACUCCCAGGCCAGCACCAAGAAUAAGGGACACACCUUCCGGAGUUCCCUCUCCGUGCGACUCUUGAAGUUCUCCCGAGAGAAGAAGGCCGCCAAAACCCUCGCAAUCGUGGUUGGGGUCUUCAUUCUCUGCUGGCUGCCUUUCUUUUUCGUACUGUCUUUUGGUUCCUAUUUCCCUUCCGUGAAGCCUGAAGGAAUGUCUUUCAAGAUCAUCUUCUGGCUGGGAUACUUCAACAGCUGCGUGAACCCUAUCAUCUACCCUUGUUCGAGCAAAGAGUUCAAAAGAGCUUUCAUUCGCCUACUCAAGUGUCAGUGUCGUCGGAGGAGAAGACCCAUCUGGAGGGUCUACGACAACCAUUGGCGAGGUGCCUCCGUCAACGGUUCCGGCCAAGACUCGGAGCGGGAUUUGCAGUCGAGAGUUUCGACCACCAACGGGUCAUUCAUAUUGAACUCCAGCAGCUUGGAGAGCUCGAGCAAAAGGAGAACUCUGAACUUCAAGCGGUGGAGGAUGUUCUCCCCUUUCCAAAAGCCAACACAGUUGAAAGAGAAAAUGAACAGCCUCUCAAACAAGAUCCGGGGAGGGUCCAUCAAAGGCGGUGUGUCGGCCUCCUACAAGACCGAGGUGGAGUCGGUCUCCAUAGGGAUCCCAAACGAGUUCAUGGAGUGCAUUGACUAUCAAGUCUAUGACGACUUAACAGACUCCGAGUCCUCUGGACUGAAAGAAACAGAUAUUUAACAUUAGCAGGGAUAAACAUUAGGACCCCCUUGGGGUUUCAUUUUGUUGUGUCUGUGUCUUAACAUGCGGGUCAGCUGUCAGAGGUGGAUGGGGUCCAUACCUGAGACAGGUAGGCUGGAGGAGGCCCAAAGCUCACUUGAGAGAGCUCAGGCUUGGCCUACAGAAGGUUGAAGGCCAACAUCACCAACAUCUCCAGUCAGCAAAGGGCCUCGGCCUAGUCAUGCUGAGUAGAACAUCCCCUUUGCUAAGACCUCCAAAAACUACUUGACACCAGUGUCAACCAUACUGAGCUGGAAAGACCCAUGGUCCGACUCAAUAUGGAGCACUGUCCUCUGGGCUUUUGGGGAGCGUGAUAUAGCACUUUGUAUAUGGCCAGGUACCUCAUGGAGGACAAAGUGCUAUUGGCCAUGAAACAGGCAAGAAUUCUAUGAAUUCUGGGAUUGGUCAAUGAAUAUGUCGAAUAGGUGGACCAAUGUAUACUACAAAACAAUGAGAAAUAUCUCAUUCCUUUGUAGUUUAGAUAAGGGUGAAGUCUUGGUAUCCAGGCAAAAAACCCCUGUUAUUUUCAACAGGACCAUCUGGCCCCUCAAAAAUGGCCAUGAUGUGCUGAGAUGUCCAACAAUAAAGUAUGCAAAUUCAUAAAUAAGGGUUUCCUUAAACUCACCCAACAAUGCUUCAUUAGGAACUAAGUUAUCUCCAGAAAUCUGGAUCUGAGGUCAUGGGAGAGCAGAAAGCCAAUGAGAGGAUUUCAAGCAGAGUGAUAGAUAACCAAUCAGAACAACAUGUAUUUGAUCAAACUACUAGAUUUCUGGGAUGGUGAGUAAUGAGUUUCUCGAUUA